CCCAGCACCCAUGCCACUUGGCUCGCUUGCACAAGGGCACGCCUACGUAAGAGGUCAGCUUGUCGAACCAGACGCCCGCAGUGCAGAACAUCACCACCACCCAAGCUCUACGUUUGUGGCCUAGCCUCGACACCUCGAUAGGUUACCCUCCAUCAACAAGCCCAUCUCGAGCCCGCCAGCUGCACAACAUUUCCGUUCCCAUACCCACCGUCCCCGGAUCAGCAGCGCAAAGAUAAGCCCAAGAUGGAUUUCGGGUACAUCAGCAAGAACCUCGGCUCGCUGGGGGCGUCCAUCACCCCCUUCGCCUCCCGCACGUUCCAGUACACCAAGGAGCAGCUCGGACAGGUCGAGGACAAGACCCAGCUGCCGCCCGACUACAUCGACCUCGAGAAGCGGGUCGAUGCGCUGAAGAACGUGCACCAGAAGAUGCUCUCCGUCACCACCCAAUACUCAAAUGAGCCGUACGACUACCCGCCCAACAUUAAGGAGACCUUCUCGGACCUCGGCAGGACUGUCAGCGAGAAGGUGACGCUGCUCUCGUCGGCGACGUCCCCCGCUGAGGCGCAGGCCGCGCUGACGGCCCCGCCCUCGGCCAAGCCGCAGCCCAAGACGUUCUCGCACGCCAUCGCGCGGGUGUCGCUGGUCAGCAGCCAGGCGCUGCACCAGGCGCACGCGGGCGCGGGUGAGGAUCCGCUCGCGACGGCUCUCGAGAAGUUUGCGCUCGCCUCGGAGCGCGUGGGCGAGGCGCGCCUGGCGCAGGACAACCAGAUCCAGCGCAGCUUCCUGGCCGGCUGGAACACGACUCUCAACACCAACCUGCUCUUCGCCCAGCGCGCCCGCCGCAACGUCGAGCGCUCCCGCCUUACGCUCGACGCCGCCAAGGCCCGCGCCAAGGGCACCACCUGGAAGCUGCCCACCGUCGGCGCCGGUGCCGCCGGCCCGGCCUCGCCCAUCCGCGCCGACACCCACGACGACCAAGACCUCAGCCCCGAGGCGCAGGAGGAGAUUGAGAAGGCCGAGGACGAGUUCGUCACCCAGACCGAGGAGGCUGUGGGCGUGAUGAAGAACGUCCUGGACACGCCCGAGCCCCUCCGCAACCUCGCCGAGCUCGUUGCCGCCCAGAUGGAGUACCACAAGAAAUCCUACGAGAUCCUGUCGGAGCUUGCGCCUCUUAUUGAGGGUCUCCAGGUCGAACAGGAGGCGAGCUACCGGAAGAGCCGCGAGAAUGCCUAAACGGGAGGGUUGAGGUAGCCAACAGACGAGGCGGAAAUCAUUCUUUGUUGUCGAACCGAGCCACAGGAGCUGGAAUGGGACAUACCCAGGGGGUGACUACCAGUAAGGUCGGCUAGUUGGGUGGUCAGCCUCGGCCCUGGAGGCUUGCAAGAAUGCCGGUGUGGUUUUUUUUGGGUUUUUUUGGGGCCUACUAGUCUCGACAAGGCAGUUUUGGUAGGGCCCUCGGCUUGGGACGGAGUCUACGAGUGAUGCGAUGGGGUGCCUCAAGUCAGCAUUGGGGGAGGCAGUCACUUUGCCUGUUUGCAAUCGAUUUCUGUGUUUACUUCCACAUAGCUCUUGUUCCGAGUUUAGAAUUGAUAUCACUUGCCUUCUUCGAAGCCACUCGCUGGUGGCGUCACCAGCCAAUGGCGCCAAGGGCGCAAUUGACGUCUGC